UUUAAUUGGCCGACUGCACUUCCAGAUUCCGAAAUGAAGGCGAUCUUCUGCAUUGUGCUGGCUCUGUCAGCCGCCGUGGCUGCCAAUGGAGGCUUCUAUCCUUUCUCGGUCCAGCGGGCACCCGACGCCUUCGACAACUACAAUCGCAACCACUACAAGACGGCCAAGCAUAGCGGCUUGUUGGACCGCCUGUUUGGAGCUAACCGGCGCCAGGGAAUCCUCGAAGGCCUGGGAGGAAUUGGUGGACCCGUCGCCGUGGUUGGGGGGUCGCUGGUCGCCGGUAUUCAUAGCCCUACUGGACUCGCCGUCGUCAUCGCCAACAUCAACUCAUCCGGCCGAGGUCUGGACACGGACGGACUGGAGGACAGCCAGUCGGUUUGGAUGGACCAGCUGGUGCGGGACUUCGAGGACUCCUGGCAGACUACGGAGUAA